CGGGUUUGGGUUUUGUGAUACAUACCCAAACUCGUUUGACCCGUUCUCAUGUUUAAGGGUUUCUUAUGAACCCGAUAAAAAGAAUGUAUGAACCCAAAUCCAUAUAUUAUUUACUUUUUUAUAUGUUUAGUCUAUAGAAUUUAUAAAUUAUGCUUAUAUUGAAUUUAUAAAUGCUUAGAUUACAUUUAGGACAUGAUAUUAUACAUAUGCGUACUACCCGAUAUGGCAAUUCGAUAUUUAGUCAAUGUCCCCCGAUAUAUCCCUGAUUUUUGCUAUUCGACAUGGAUUUCAGCCAUCCGACAUGAACCCGACAUCCGACAUUUAAAACCUUGGUGCUACCAAUCUCAGCAGUAUUCGAAUUGUAUGAUUUUGUACAAAUGUAUCAAUGUAACUCCUAGUCAAGUCAGUGUGGAACUAAAAAAGCCUCAUAAAGCCAUUACAAACAAGUUAAGAAGGGCUUUAUACUUUCGUGCUUACUUAUCGGAUCGGUUUAGUAUUGGGUUUUGUUCAUCAUUGCUAUUAAGUCAAGUGGAUGCUAUAUGAACUAGUUUUAGAGUCACUACCAGAUAUAUGCAGAGAAGAGCCGAAUGUAUGGCGUGCUCGUGUCCCGAUCAUAUGUUUUGAGAUUGUCGAGAUGCACGUGUCCGACCGUGUGCUCCGAUAAUUUGGGCUACAACAACAUAUCCCGAACCCUGUGGAGAUAAUAGAGAGAAAUCUCAGAAAAGGUGCACAUCGUCAAGAUUAGAAACAUAUUCACAGUGCUUACAUCGGGAGGUGGGAUUAUAGGGAAGAACAGUUGGUGAUGGAGAGGGCCGACACAUCUGACCUAGGUGUGUAUUUGCGAUAGUAUUGGGGGAUUACUCGCCGGUGGAUAUUUCAGGAGAACAAAGUCCCUUAAGGAGUUUAUACCAAGAGGCCCAGUUGAGAGAGAAUUGGUAAGUGUAUAAGUAAAAUAUACAGUUAUCUUGUGAGUUUUAUUUUAUUAUCAUCCAAAUCAUAAUAGCUUUCUUAGGGUUUUUAUCUUAUAGGUACAAGAGCUCGAAGAACUUUCUACUAUGGCACAUGAUACAAUCCGAACGACUACCGAGCCAGGGCCGAGGAACACGUUCAUUCACAUGAUCAAAAGAUUCGGUCCGCUCUGCAGAGGACGCAUAAUGCAAGACGUGAUGGAUGUGAGGAGCGAUCAAUUGAUUACGGUCGUCGACUGUUCCGAGGACACACGGGGGCAGGCUCAAGCGGUGCACAUGAUGAAGCUGGCGGCUCACAGCAAGCCCAAGCCGGAUGUUCACAGUCGGUUCGAGUCGAUGAGGAUGUCAUGCACUCCCAACUUCACACACAACCGGACAAGGAACUCAUCCAAGCUCACGUCGAAGGUGAACGUGUCAGGGGGAGGGGGAGAGGGAGAGGAAAGGGAGUUGUAUCCGAUUGAAACAUAAUAUUAUGUAUCUGAUUGAGUAUUGAUAGGAUGUUUGCGUUUGAAACUAAAUAUUAUGUAUUCGAUUGAGUAUGGAUUUUCAGUUGAGAUAUUUGAUAGGAUGUUUGCGUUUGAAACUAAAUAUUAUGUGAAUUGCAUGGUAUGUAUCCGAUUGAUUAUGGAUUUUCAGUUGAGGUUAUUAAUUGGUAUGUGUAUUAUUGUUAUUGUGAUUGCAUUGUGGAUUGAUAUGUAACAGCAGGAGUUUGAAUUUCCAGCUGAAAAUGAGUCUGCCAAAUGGUCGGGGUUGGGAACCCCGACCAUUUUGUGCACGCACACAAAACGAUCGGGGUUCCCAAACCCGACCAUUUUGUCGUAGGGUAAUUCUCCUCUGCUAAAUGGUCGGGGUUUUCAACCCCGAUCGUAUUCAGCUCCAUUCGACGAUUGGGCCAGAGC